UCUUUCUUUCUUUCUUUCCGGCUCCCCCACCUCUUUUUUUGCCUCUUCCCCUUCCUCAUCUCUCUCCUUCAUUUAUUUAUUCAUUCAUCCAUUCAACGGAUUCCAAAAAGCAAUGGCGACAUUCGAAGCUGCACCGGCAUCAACACAGGGCCUGCCGAACUAUGGCACGAUCGCCACGCCGAGGAUCGACCUCUCGAAACCAUACUUUGACCAGUCGACGUAUAUGGGGCGAGUGCGGCAUUUCAUCCAGGUGACCUCGCCCUUGAACCUGUUUGUGAGCGGACGAGGAUUGGAGGAUGCCAAGAACCUGAUUAAUGAUUAUAACACGGGCAAGAUCCCUGCGAAUACUGAUCCUGCGAAGCUCUGGAGGGCUAAAGAGAUCUGCGACUCGACAUUGCACCCGGACACUGGAAAACCAAUCUUCCUCCCCUUCCGGAUGUCCUGCUUCGUACCGACGAACCUCCUGGUCGCUGCCGGGAUGCUCAUGCCGAAUCCCACGGUCCGCUCGAUCAUCUUUUGGCAAUGGACGAAUCAAUCCGUGAACGUGGCCUUCAACUACGCGAACGCGAAUAAGACGAUCGAGAUGAAUAUGAAGGAGACCGCUUUCGCAUACAUGUCCGCGGUCACGACCUCGUGCUUUUUGGCCGUCGGCUUGAAUCAGCUGGUGCCGCGGUUGACGUCGAUCUCUCCAGGCGUUAGGACGGUGUUGGGAAGGUUGGUGCCGUUCACGGCCGUCGCGGCUGCGGGAACGGUGAAUGUUUUCUUGAUGCGCGGAAAAGAGAUCAGCGAGGGAAUUGAUGUAUUCGAUCAUGAGGGCACAUCCGUUGGCAAAUCCCAAAAGGCCGGUCUGUCCGCGAUUUCGCAAGUCGCGAUCUCUCGAAUCCUGACCAACUUCCCCGUACUAACGAUCCCACCGUUGGUGCUGUCGCAGUGGGAGAAGACGGCUUGGUCUCAGAAAUACCCUCGGGCGGUCUUGCCCAUCAAUUUGGCCGUGAUCUCCCUCUGUCUGAUGACGGCCCUCCCGCUCGCCAUCGCGGCCUUCCCGCAGUACGCGAACGUGGAUGUGAAGACUUUGGAGGAACGGUUCUGGAAUUUGAAGGAUUCGAAGGGCGAGCCCAUCAAGACCUUGACUUACAACAAGGGGCUGUAGUCCUUUUCUUGAUUACUAUCUAUUCUUCACUCUUCUCUCUUCUCUCUUCUCUCUUCUCUCUUCACUCUUCUCUCUUCUCUCUUCACUCUUCUCUCUUCUCUCUUCACUCUUCUCUCUUCUC